AAAAGGGUUUUGCAAGAACAACUCUAAAAUUUUCCCUUCGAACUCACACAUAUAUCACCGAAAAAAUCAAAAUAAUUCAAAAUAAAUAAAUUGACAUAUAUAUAUAUAUAGGUGCAUACAAAAAAUGGGGGACGUGGAUGCGGACGCGGACGCGGGCACUGUGAUGGCCCUCAUUUUCUUCGGUCUCGUGUUGGUGGCAGUCAUCAGCGCCGCCGUCACCACCGCCCGGAACGGUGCCGGCCCACCGGAGGUAGCAUCCACCACUAAGGCUGUGGAGGCCAUCUGCUCCCCAACCCAAUACAAGGACACGUGUCAGGACAGCCUCUCCGACGCCAACACCACCGACCCCCGGAAGCUCAUCGAGACGGCGAUCGGCGUCGCCGUCGGCAGCAUCCGCGACGUCCUCACGAGCACGUCCGUCCUGCAGGAGGCGGCGAACGACCCCAUGACCAGGGGGGCGUUCGCCGUCUGCGGGGACGUGCUCGAGAAGGCCGCCGGCGACCUGCGCCGCUCCGUCGGCAAGGUCGACGCGUUCGACCCCGCCAGGGCGGGGGAGUACGUCGCCGACCUGCGGACGUGGCUGAGCGCCGUCGUCGCGAACCAGGAGACGUGCGUCGACGCCUUCGAGAACACCACCGGCGGCGUCGGGGAGAGGAUGAGGAAGCUGCUGAAGAACGCCAGGGAGCUCUCGAGCAACGGCCUGGCCAUGGUGACGGAUCUCUCGGAGUUCGUCGGCGGCGGCGGCGGCGGCCGGGAGGUAGCGGUGGAGGAGGGCGACGAAUUCGUCGGCAGGCGGCUGACGGCCACGGUGUCGUUGGAGCCGACGAUCGUGGUGGCGAAAGACGGCAGCGGCCAGUUCAAGACCAUCAACGACGCCAUCGCUUCGUUGCCGAAGGAGAACAAUGAUUCAUUCAUCGUGAUCCAUAUCAAGGCCGGCGUCUACAAUGAGAACGUCGAUAUCCCCAAAGGGCUCAAUAAAAUCGUGCUCGUCGGCGACGGGCCGACCGCCACCAGACUCACCGGAAAGAGGAGUAUGGCCGGAGGUCAUCAGACCUACUACACCGCCACACUCGCUACAAAUGGAGAUGAUUUCUUGGCCAAGGACCUCGCCGUGGAGAAUACGGCGGGGCCCGAAGGCUAUCAAGCCUUGGCCGUGCGAGUCUCCGGCGACCGGAGCAUCUUGUACAACGUCCACAUGGACGGUUAUCAAGACACCCUAUGCGCCGACAUCUAUCGCCAGUACUAUCGGAAUUGCACCAUCACCGGCACCAUCGACUACGUCUUCGGGAACAGCGUCGCCCUCUUCCAGGAUUGCACGUUCGUGACGCGGAAGCCCGGCCCGAGCCAGGAGUGCGUGGUGACCGCUCAGGGCCGGUUCGACCUAAAGAGCAACAGUGCCAUCAUAAUCCAAAACGGCCGGUUCAUCGCCGAACAGGCGUUCCUAGACGUGAAGCCGAAGAUCGCUUCGUACCUCGGCCGACCGUGGAAGGAGCUGUCCACGACCAUCAUCAUGCAAUCCGACAUCGGGGGCUUCAUCGAACCGGAAGGGUGGGCCCCGUGGAUCGGGGCCUACGGGCUCGACACAUGCUACUACGUCGAGUACGAGAACCGGGGACCCGGAGCGAAUAGAACGGGUCGGGUCACGUGGAAGGGCAUUCAAUCUUUGAAGGCGGAGCAGAUUAAUAGAUGGACCGGCGGAGUUGUCUUCGGCGACGAUGCUUGGAUCAAGGAUUCCGGCGUUCCGUACGUCCCGACAAUGAUGCAAGUUAAGAGACAUUAAUUUCAUGAGUUGCAUCUUGGGUUUUGUAAUAGUUUUAAUUCAGUUAUAGUAAUUUUUUUUGUAUGUUUUAUUCAGUGAAGAAAUUAGUAUAUAUUUUUUGUCUCGUCCGAAUCAUGAUUGCCAUCGAUAAUUCAAAUGCUAAAAUUCUAGAAAAAGGAGAAGGAUAAAAAAUGGGUCUCACUUUAUGUCCCACU